AAAAGGGAAAAAAAUUUAUAUUUAAUUUAAUCCCUCUUUCUUUCCUAGAAGACCUUUUGGUGCCUCAUGCCAUGCUUUGCCCAAGUUGAUUGGAUUGGUGACAUUCGUACCCCGUUACCCAAUAGUUUUUCCCUUGGUCUCUCUCCCUCACCCCCCAAAUUAAAACGCGUUCAGAUAAAACAUAGUCACAAAACGCGUUUAUCGAGUUUUUUUUUUUCUUUUUUCUGUUUUCACACACUCUUCACUUUUAAAGCAUGUUGCAGUAUUCGGAAGAAUCCUCUCCGUCAACGGCUGUGGAAGUGAUUCCCAUAUCCAUGUCAGAAGUAGAAAACAUUAUUGUUGAUUCCGUGACAGACAACACCAUUUUAGGAUUAUUACAAAAAGAAAUUGAACUCAAAUUAGAAAUCGAAGCAGUUCAAAGUGAAGUCUCUGUUUUAGAAAAGACUUUGAACUUGAACCAAGACGAUGAACGAGAUAUGGCAGAGUUUGAGGCACCUAAAUGGUGUGUACCCAUUAAAGCCAAUGUCAUGACCUUUGACUGGGACAAAUUAGCAAAAGACGUACAGUUCGAUGUUAUUGUCACCGAUCCACCAUGGCAAUUAGCCACAAACGCCCCUACGCGUGGUGUAGCCAUCGCCUAUCAACAAUUACCGGACGUUUGCAUUGAAGAUAUUCCUUUCCACAAACUUCAGACAAACGGGUUUCUUUUCAUUUGGGUCAUCAACAACAAGUAUGCAAAAGCAUUUGAACUGAUGGAGAAGUGGGGAUAUACCUAUGUGGAUGAUAUUACUUGGGUGAAACAGACCGUGAAUCGUCGUAUGGCGAAGGGUCAUGGAUAUUAUCUUCAACAUGCGAAAGAGACUUGUUUGGUUGCAAGAAAGGGAAACGAUCCAAUCAACUGUCGUCGCUCUGUGGGCUCGGAUGUCAUCUUUUCUGAAAGACGUGGUCAGAGUCAGAAACCUGAAGAAUUAUAUGAAAUGAUUGAAGAGUUGGUGCCAAAUGGUAAAUAUUUAGAAAUCUUUGGCAGAAAGAAUAAUUUACGGGAUUAUUGGGUGACCAUUGGUAACGAGUUAUAAAAAAUAAAGACACUGUAAAAAUUAUACAUUCCCAAAUAGAAACAAAUCCCUCAUUUCGGUAAACCACAUUUCUUUUCUUGAGUUACAACAAUGAUGAUCGUAGCAUGAACUUUGUGUUUUUAUUCUCAGUUACAAGUCCUU